CAUCAUCAGCGUUGUGGACACUGCUGACACGUCGCCAUUCUUCAACAAGGACAGUUUCAUAGCUGUGAUCUCUGAAGAUGCUCGAGUUGGGACGCGGAUCCUGCAAGUGAAAGCCGAAGGCGAAUCGUCGCUGAAGUACUCGCUAGAAAUUCUCAAAGGCCCUACCGAUGUGUUAGAAAUCGACCGUGAUGGCUUCAUUCGUAACAAGGGCAAACUCGAUUUUGAGUUGUUUCGCGCGAUCAGCGGCCGGGUUCAUGCCAUUGACGAGGACGCAAACGAAGCCGUCACUAACUUUUCCCUCAUUCUCACCGAUGCCAAUGAUAACAGGCCUGUAUUUGUCAACGGCUCCGUAUUUACGGUACAAAUCGACGAAUCCGCAGAAGUGGGCACAGUUUUAAAUCUACCGUAUCCGUUGGCAAGGGAUGGAGAUGUUGGCAAUUUUUCGAGAUUGCUCUACUCGUUAGUAGGCGAUGAUGGACAUUUCACCAUAGAUAGAACGACCUCAAAAAUCAGCGUGUCUUCAAAGCUUGAUUAUGAAACGCAACGCUCACAUUCGCUUACAGUACGAUGUGUAGACAAUGCUGGUGAAGAUCCCUACAAUGAAGUUACUGUACUCGUGCGCGACGUCAACGACAACAUUCCAAUAGUGCACAAUGCCGACCUCACUCAUCUUACCGUAUCUGAAGAUACUCCAGUUGGGACCACUAUCACUGUUAUCAGUACUAGCGAUAUUGAUGAAGGCGGAAAGCAAGAAGUUCAUCUGAGUGUAAAUCACACUCUUUUCCGCAUUGCCGAUGAGGGUAAAUUGGUCGUUGCAGAAAAAUUGAAUGGUUAUGCUGGGGAAAGAGUAGGUUUUCUACACAUCUAA